UAUACUGGCAUACGGUAGCUUGUAGCAUAACACAAAAAUAGAUUUUUAAACCUGUGUUUUCAUCUUUUCGGAGUUUUAGAUAAUAGAAAUAAAUAUAUUGGAGCAACGAAAAUGGUUUUGACAAUUUCAGGUCAUAAAAUGUGUUGAAAUAUCUGGGAAAAGAGUGAUCCCUCGGAAGAAUUAAAACAGCAAAAUAACAAGUGCAACAUCCCUCACGCACCCUAGCACCGGCUUUAGCGGUACUCAAUUCUCAACACUUAAAAAUGCUGGAUUUUAUGAUCCCAAAGGACCAAAAAAUAUAACAACACUGAAUUGAAAUACGAGUCAACUUUUUACGGCUGUCACACAAAACUUGACACCUGAUGUUGUGUUGUGUAAUGAAGCAUUGAUUUUUACCUGACAACGCUAUAAGAUAAGGAUGCAUCACUUUCUGAGUAUAUUACACUUCGCAGUUGGGCUGCAAUUGAAGAAUUUAGCAGGGAAAUGUAUACUAGAAUUUGGAAAGUUUGUUUGCCACUUUGUUGUAUUGUUUCAUAUUGUUUUAGACCUUAAUUCGGAUAUAAUUGUAUGUCUGUUCAUCAUAUCAUUUAAAGUACAUGAAAUGCCGUAUUAUGGAACGUUUAAUACAACGAGCUGGAUUGAUAUAUUUAGACAAAUAGUUUACAUCGUACUAAUAGCAGUAUACUGGCCUUUGUGCUUUGGUUACGAGGGUCCUAAUUUAACAUCCAUUUCCUUAUAUAUAAUUCUCAGCUGCGUUGAAUGUUUUGGAGACAGUUGUGCUUAUCCUUUCAUUAAUGGAUCAAAUCAAAGCCAUAUUUUUAACAAUUAUCAUGAUAUAUGCACCAUCAUAGCUUAUCUUACAAGCAAGUACAUGUUUGGCUAUUAUAGUUUAAUUGCGUUUAUAUUCACUGUUUUCCACCAAUAUUGUCACUUGAGCUUUGUAUUACCUGUCUGUAAGCAAUUAGAACAUGCUAUUAAGGAGGCAUAUUUGAGUUUACAAUCGUAUAUUGUUCUACGGCAAAGAUUUUUGAAAAAGUAUGGCAGAAGGAAAGUCUGCUGUUAUUUUCUAAUUUUUGUACUGAAAAUAUGUUCUAUGUUGAUGUUUCCAAUAGGAAUAAUCAAAAUGAACCAACAGAUUUCCGUUAUGUUCAGAGAAUACGGUUGGCAACAGACGAUAGAUUUUUCAAAUGAAAGUUUGUUUGAUUAUAGAUCCACUAGCAUGAACAACUAUUCCCAUCCAUUGCUUUAUAGAUUUGAAAAGUGCAUCCAAAACACCUGCACAACAGCAAUAUCUUACAAAACAGAAGAAAGCUAUUUAAGAAUAUGUGACAUGAAGAAAGCCAUAUUAAACGAACAUGUAUUAUUAUCCGUUAAGGAUAUCAAUUGGGAUAGGAGUAGUUUGUAUGUUUGGACUUUUAACGAUAUACCCGUUUCUAAAAUCAGUGAAUUUAAAUAUGUUCAAGUGAAAAAACCACCAGAUUUUUAUUUGAUUAUAAGAAAAGUGAAUACUUAUGACUUUGGAACAUAUACACUUGUAAAACAAAGGCGUAUCAAUCUAAGAAAUUGUGAAAAUACGCCUUUUUACAGGCCGUACAAACAUCUCGUACAAAGUGAGAUUAUAUCGAUAAGAGCCAUAGCAUGUACUCAUCUCUUUGAACAGGAUAGUAAUUUAAUCAUCCAUGCUUCUUUAGGAGAAUUUAUAAAACUGGAUAAUAUAACCGUAGUUAUGGAAAAUAAAGAUGGCUUCUAUGAAUUUCUAAGUGAUUCCUUUUGGCAACGGAUUGAAAAAUGCCAAUGCGGUGCUUUGGCAAAUUCAAUAUUCAAAACAGGUCAGUCAAUGCAAUUAAGUGAUAUUACGGAGCAAUGGCUUGUAAUAAAACUGCACAUGUCAUUUUGCGCCUGUCCUAUCAUAUACAGGAACAAAAAUGAUAUAUUUUUGUACUGGCUGAAUGAAAUUCCCAUGCAUCAUAAAAUUUCUUUUGAACCGCUACUGACUGAUCUUUUUUAUCAAGAAUUUCUUGACGAUUAUAUAUGGUGUGAACGUAUGAACUACAGCUUAAAGACAUUUUACAAAUGCAUUGAUACAUUUCAUUUUCACAAAAAACAUUUUCGGAAUGUAAUUUUAAAACAAUACGAUAUAAUGCAACUAAAGGAAUCUUCAGUCCUCUUCUGUCUUCUAAUGGUCCACUGUUUGUGGUUUAUGAUUUGUCAUUGCAUUCUAGAUAAAUUAUUAUUUCAUAUAUUUCAUACACAAGUUAGAAAUCUUAUAAGUAAUAUGCAUUUGUUGUCAACUAAGCCGUUUGAAUUUGACAUUUAUCUAUCCUACAGUGAUGAAUUUCCAAAUGAUAAAAGCUUCGCCGAAGAUACAAUUAAACAUUACCUAAUAAAAUCCAAAGGGUACAAAGUUUGUGAUUGUGAAAAUGUAAAGCCCGGCCAACACAGACGUAUAGCAUUUGAGGAAAACAUAACCAAAAGUAAAUUGCUGGUUAUACUUCUUUCUGCCGAAUAUUUAAAAAACGAGAUAUGUAUGCAGCUGGAAUAUGAAUAUACUUUGUUAUCUCUUAUUGGAGCAUCGAAAAUAUCUAGAGACAACGUUUUAAUACUUAAAAUGGAUACUUGUCCACGAGACGCUAGACCGUUGACUCAAUUCCACGUGCUUGAUUGGACUGACACGGUAAAUAACUUACGAACGGAGUCAGAAAAGAAGGAGAAACUGCACGAAUGGUUGGUUCAACGUUUAAGAAAACCUGGAAAAUUUAAAAUGUUUUUAAAUUCUUGGGUUCUGUGUCCUAUCUUACGAAUGAUUGGCUUAGAUUUGCAACCAGGGAAUAUUGAAAGACAAUGACAACGAUGAUGGUAUAUUUUAUACUUACAUGAAAACGUGCUUAUUCGGGAGAAUUAUUUAUUAUGUAAGCAUUGUCACUGCUUGUUGUGUAAGAUAACAAUUUUAAUUCAACCUCUUAUAAAAAUAUCGUUUUGUCACUCUUGUGACAAUUAUGAAAACUGUUUGUAAAUUUAGUAUGACUGUAUUAUUGUAUUAAGUUUUGGAAUAUCGGAUAGUAUAUGAUCAUCUUAUCAACUUAUUUAGACAUAUAUACACCCUUAUCGGUGAUUGUUAUCCCCCGUCGAUGAAAUCGGGAGCGGGAUAUUGUUUUGGCGUUGUCCGUCCGUCCUUCCGUCCAUCCGUCCGUCCGAAUUUCGUUUCCGGACUUGUUCUUUGCAACUACUGGCUGGAAUUCAACGAAACUUUAUGGGAAUCAUCAAUAUCAUAUCGUCAGCUUGUUUCGGUCAGACCCUUCUACUCAGUGUUAUGGCCCUUGAUUUGUUAUGCAGUAUGCAUAUAGGGUACAGAUCGUUUUCGCGCUAUUUCUCUGCUACUACUGGCUGGAAUUCAACGAAACUUAAUUGGAACCUUCAAUACUAAGAGGAGAUGCGCAUAUCAUCGCCUUGUUCAGGUCAGACACUUUAACUCAGAGUUAUUGCCCUUGAUAUGUUAUUCAGUAUAAAUAUAGAACAAUAUUCAUUUCCGCGCUACUUCUCUUCAACUACUGGCUGGAAUUCAACAAAACUUUAUGGGAACCUUCAAUACCAAGAGGAGAUGCGCAUAUCGUCAGUUUGUUCCGGUCAGAUAAUUUAACUCAGAGUUAUGGCCCUUGAUUAGUUAUGCAGUAUGCAUAUAGAACAAUAUUCGUUUCCGCUCUACUUCUCUGCAACUACAGGCUGGAAUUCAACAAAACUUUAUGGGAACCUUCAAUACCAAAAGGAGAUGCGCAUAUCGUCGCCUUGUCCCAGUAGACACUUAAACUUAGAGUUAUGGCCCUUGAUGUGUUUUGCAGUAUGCAACCAGAGCAAUAAUUGUUUACGUGCUACUUCUCUGUAACUACUGGCUGGAAUUCAACUAAUUUUUAUGAGAACCUUCAAUUCAAAGAGGAGAUGUGCAUAUCGUCGCCUUGUUCCGGUCAGACACUUUAACUCAGAGUUUUGGUCCUUGAUUAAUUGCGAAGUAUGGAUAUAGAACAAUAUUCGUUUCCACGCUACUUCUCUGCAACUACUGGCUUGAAUUCGAUGAAACUUUAUGGGAACAUUCAAUACCUAGAGAGAAUGCGCAUAUCGUCGCCUUGUUCCGGUCAGACACUUAAACUCAGAGUGAUGACCCUAGAUUAGUUAUGCAGUAUGCAUAUAGAACGAAAUUCGUUCCUGCGCUACUUCUCUGCAACUACUGGCUGGAAUUCAACAAAAGUUUAUGGGAAAAAUUAAUAUCAAGAGGAGAUGCGCAUAUAGUUGGCUUGUUCUGGUCAGAGUCAGACACUUUAACUAAGAGUUAUGGCCCUUGAUUAGUUAUGCAGUGUGCAUAUAGAGCGAACUUUAUGGCGACCUGCAAUACAAAGAGGAGAUGCGCAUAUCAUCGCCGUGUUCCUGUCAGACACUUUAACUCAUAGUCAUGGCCCUUCAUUAGUUAUGUAGUAUGCAUAUAGAGUAAUAAUUGUUUCCGCGCGACUUGUCUGCAACUACUGGCUGGAAUUCAAUUAAACUUUAUGGGAACCAUUAAUACCAAGAGGAGAUGUGCAUAUUGAUGCCUUGUUGAAGUUGUUCAGACCAGACCCUUCAUUACAGAAUUAUUGCCCUUGAUUACUUAUGUAUUAUGCAUAUAGAGCAAUAUUGUUAUUUCUUUGCAACUGAUGUAUUGAUUUCAACAUAACUUUAUGGCAACCAUGGAUACACAAAGGCAAUUUACAUCUCAUUGACAUGUCCAGAUAUUACUAUUUAACACAAAGUUAUGGCUCUGUUAUUGCCAUGAAUAUUUAUCAAGUACAAAGAAUAUUACUGUUUAUGCCAUUAUAAAUAAAUAAAUAAAGCCUUAUGUCUUCAGUUGUUGUGUUAGUAAUAACCAGUACUCGGUGGGGAAUAUAAAUUCAACGAAUUUGCUUGUUGGUAUUGCAUAACUCUAUGACGUUAUAGUUGGAAUUAAUGUAAUGGCUCUACAGUGAUGGGUAAACGACGAUUAGUUGACCCAGUGAC